GCGCCAUGUUUGUAAGGAAGAAAUAACCCGAGCAGCUUCUCCUCUCCGGCCACCACCAGCUCCCGUUUCCCCAGCCCCGCGUGUGUUUCCCCCUCAUUUUUCAUUGUGCGUGUGCAGUGGAUGUUGUCACUCCCUGGGCCAGGAUUUUUCCUCCGAAGUCGCCUUCAUCUCUCACUCAUUUUGCUGAGGCGCUGGGGCAGCCUCUUGCCUAGGGCGGCCGUUAAAGUGUCCCUCUGUGUUCCCCACUCAGUAAACCGUGAGUGAAACCGUCGUUCGUCGCCUCAAGGGGAUCCUACCGCCUUCUUCCCUCAGCAGAAACAGCGUCGUCGCUGUGCGUGUUUUGAGUGUAUGGUGUGUGCGCGCGCGCGCUCCUCCUCCCCCCUCUCCCAACGCCCCAUCACGGGCAGCAGCAGCAGUAUUCUGCCUUCCUCCUCCUCCUCCUCCCUGCACACACAGCCUGAACCAGCACAAUGGCCUUUGAAAGCCUGUUCUCCAAGCCCCCAAACCCAGUUCUUGACCAAAACAUGCCCGACUCUGACAGGCAGCAUGCAGGGGAUGAAAGAGAAGAUGGUGAACUUGAGGAUGGUGAAAUAGACGAUGCUGGUUUUGAAGAAGAUAAGGAAGAACAAGAUGCAAAAGUUGAAGAUAAACAGAAAAAUGAAAAAACACACAGAAAAUCUCGAAAGAAACGCAAAAAAGAAAAAGAAAAGAAAAAAUCAAAAAGAAGAAGACGAGAUAAACACAAGCAUAAUUCGCCAUCUAGUGAUGAUAGCUCUGAUUAUAGCAUCGAGUCUGAUUCUGAACGUUCAGAAAGACCCCAUAAAAAAGGAGCUGGUUUCUACAGAGAUUAUGAUUCUUCAUUUCUUCAGCAUGGGCAUAUUUCAGGAAAAUACACAUCUUCACAGAAGACACAGCAUAAUAAAAAGUCAAAAAGCAAGGACUAUGAGGAUUAUAGCAAUUACAGCGAUGAUAAUUUUGGCUACAAUGAAGAUGAAAAAGAGGAUUUUGCUGAUCAGUUAAAACAAUAUAGACAAGCUAAAGAAACACCAAAUGCUGAUUUAGAACCUCCAGUUUCAAAAGAACCAGUGAAAAAGCAAGGGAUGAAAGGGAUUCACAAAGGUGCUACACAAACUGGCAAUAGCUACGGUGUGGGCCGAGGCCGUGGCAUUCAAAAGAAACUGAAACGUAAAGACCGUGGAAGGGGAAGAGGUGCAAAUAAAGGACCUGAAGAGGAAAUAAAGCAAGUGAAGAAGUGGCCAACUAUGAGUCAGGCAUUCAUAAACCAGCAUACUGUGGAACACAAAGGAAAACAAAUUUGUAAAUAUUUCUUAGAGGCACGAUGCAUUAAGGGAGACCAGUGUAAAUUUGAUCAUGAUGCAGAGAUAGAGAAGAAAAAGGAAAUCUGCAAAUUUUACAUACAGGGUUAUUGUUCCAAAGGAGAGAACUGUAUUUAUAUGCAUAAUGAAUUUCCUUGCAAGUUCUAUCAUACAGGAGCAAAGUGCUACCAUGGUGAUAAAUGCAAGUUUUCUCAUGAUCCACUAACUAAAGAAUCAAAAGAACUACUUGAUAAAGUACUGAAUACUGAAGAGGAGCCACAAAAUGAUGAUGAGAAAGAAGUGGAAGAACUUAGGAAGCGAGGCAUAGUUCCUCUUCCUAAGCCACCUCCUGGAGUUGGACUUUUGCCAACCCCACCAGAACCGUUUUCAUUUAGUGAGGAAGAUAUGGAAAACUUUCAAGAUCCCUCUGGUGAAUUCAAGAAAAUACCAUCGCUCUUCGAGAUAGUUGUAAAGCCAACUGUGGAUUUAGCACACAAGAUUGGAAAGACCCCGCCAGCUUUCUAUAACAGCACAUCACCACCAGGACCAGAAUUUGAGGGGAGUGAUGCACAUAUGUACAAUGCAGAAUCAAGCCCAGGACAUAAUGGACCAUCAGGACUACCAGGUUCUCCUGGGCAUCCUUGUACAGGUCCAGCAGUGCCACAAAGUCCACCUUUACAGCAAGUUCCUCCAGGUUUCUUAGGCCCACAGGGUCAAAUUGGUGGACCUAUGCAUGGACAGCAGGGUGGUCCACCUUUAACACCACCUGGUGCAUCAUACAGCUGUGUAGCUGCUCAAGAGCUUAUGGCUAACAUGCCGAGAGACAAUCAUUGCCUACCUGGGCCUCCAUAUCAGCAAAUUCCCAGUGAAAGGCAGCCAAAUAUUGGUUAUGAAAAUGCUCCCAAUUUCUAUGACAAUUAUUAUUCACAUCAGGCUGUACAUAACUUCCAAACAAACAAUAACACUUGUGAUGGUACAUGGCAUGGAGAAUUUACCGAUCAUCAACCUCACCACAUUUCUUCAGAUUCACAUAACAGUGGGACUGAAUACGAGUCAGACUGUGCCCCUACAGCAGGACACAAUUCAACCAUUAAUGUACCAGAUUUUCUUCCUGCAAUGCAGAAGGCCCUUUUUGUAAGGCUUAGUCAAAAACAGCAAGAUGAUGGAGAAAGGAUGAGCAGUCAGUGUCAAAGGACACUGAGUAGAGAAGAAGAUGAUAAUGUAAACUGGUACUCCAGUAGUGAAGAGGAGGAAGGAAGCAGUGUUAAGUCAAUACUAAAAACCUUAAAGAAACAAAGUGAGACAUUUAGGAAUCAGCAAUCAGCAGAACAACAGCUGCGUAUUAUGCCUACUGACCCAAGACUUAGUAAGGAAAGAGGUCCAGGAAAUCAAGCUGUUGAUCCUAGGCUGAGAUCAGCUUCAAGAUCAAAUGCUAGGAAACUUUCAGAGUCGGGAACCUUGGACCCAAGGCUCGCACGAGAUCCUAGAAUCUUAAAAAGUAGUGAAAGCAGUCAUACAAGUUCAUCUGUUGGUGGAGCAAAGCUAGAGUUGCAUCACACGCAUCCUGGUGUCAAGGUCGUGCAAAAAGGCCUAGAGGAAGAUGAUGAAGAUGUAGAACGAGAACUGAGAGAGAGAGCCUUUUUAAUACCAUUGGAACCUCUACCUGGUGUAACAAUACGAGAUCCAAGAUCACAACUUCGACAAUUCAGCCACAUUAAAAUGGACAUUGUCCUGAGCAAACCUAACUUUGCUAAGCAUAUCGUAUGGGCACCUGAAGACUUACUUCCAGUACCUUUGCCGAAGCCAGACCCAGUAUCCUCAAUCAAUUUACCCCUUCCUCCACUUAUAGCUGACCAGAGAUUUAAUCAGUUACGCAAUAGCAAAAGUGAUCCCAUCCCAUCUGACCCAAGACUAGCAGCAAAAGCAAAAAAUAAUACAAAUAUAGCAAAUAGAAGUGGCUCAUUGGACCACUGUACAGAUUCACAUGCUGGUAGCAUCGCAAACAAAUUAGGGGAUCCUCGGUUGCAGAAAAACAUUGACCCCAGACUUCACAGGCUGCCUAGUACAGACUCCCACCAUGGUAUAAUGAAGGAUUCUCUGCCUCCAAAAACUGACCCCAGGUUAGCAAAAUCUGGCAGUGGUACAUCACAGUCUUCAGAAGCUACAAAUUUUAAAUCUGACUCUGAUGUGUUGCCUCCAUAUGCACCUAAGCUAUCAUCUGCUAGUGCUAGAAUGGGCACUCCGAGCUCAAUACUUAGUGGCAUUAGUUUGUAUGAUCCAAGAAAUCACACUUCUUCAGACCCCUCUCCUGUUAAUUCAGGGGAGAAUGGAGAAAAUCAGAAAAAGGGUAUUUUGAAAAAUGCUGGCCAAAGUGAAGCUACUGUCUCAGAGGAACAGUUGUCUACAAAAACAUCUCCAAACAUGGAAAAAGGUCUGGAAAUGUUUGGAGAAGCCAAUGCAGAUAAAGUGGGUAGUGUCAGUAAAUCUCAGGCAAAACACUCCAGUGCUGCUCCAGCAGUGCACAAUCUUCCUAUCCAAGCUUUAUCAGGGUUAAUCAGACCACAGUACAGUGAGCAGAGGCAGGUGAGGCAGCCUGGGCAGAUCAGUCUGACACAAGAAAGUGAUCCAAAUGGGGAAUCGGAUGACAAAUCACUAAAGGAGGUUUUCAAGACAUUUGAUCCAACUGCUUCACCUUUUUGUUAGUUGUUGGUUUAUUAAGACUUUUUACAUUGUGAAUAAUGCAGAAUUCUGCAGUUUUGUAACUGGUUUACCUCUAUGCUUUAUUUAUUUUUAAAUUAUAACUAGAAAACACUCUGGGGCUGCUAUUUUCAGAACCACAUGCAGUAAGUAAUACAUUAUGCUAUGGUGUUUGCCAAGUUGGUAUUUUCUAUAUAAUUUUCCCAUUUCAGGGAGGACUAAUCAUGGAUCUGUUUAAAAAAAUAGGUAUAUCAUGUUAGAUCUGAGAGAAGCACUUUCAUUGUAAAUAAUCAUCAAGAAUUCAAUUUGAAGACUUGUAUAUGUGUAAUUGUCUUUUCAAAAUCAACAUUUAGAGAAUGUUUGCCACUUUUGUAUGAUUGUAUAGGUUUAAGCAAUAUAAUGUACAUUAACUGUGAGAGACACUAUUUAAAGACAAUUAUCUGAUCUAUCAAGCCAAACUUGCUAACUAAAAUAAAAAUAUUGUUCUUUUCUGAACAUUUGACACAAGGCAUCAUUUUUAUUCAUGCAUUCGAUAUUCUUAGCUUAAAAACUGUAUUGUGUAUUGUUAAAAAACAACUUUUUAAAGUAUUUUAUUCCAUUCUGUAUAUAAAAGAAAUUUCGAAGGAUAUAAUUAGAACAUUACAGUUAAAGUGGAAAACACUUAAUUUGUCUGUAUAACACUGUAUUUCCUUUUUUCAUGUAUACACUUCUCAGUGCUAUGUCACAUUGUGGUGGUCAUGUAUUCAAUGUAUUUUUGUAUUCAACUACUUAAUUUGUAUUGCUUUUUUGUAUUGAUGUAACUACAGUAACCUGUAUUCAUGUAUCUAUAUGACAUUUUUAACAAAUUAAAAAAUAGUGAAAAUCUCUAGCCUUU